UCUAAAAUUGCUAAGCCACUGAGGCGUCGGCGUCGGCACAAAAUUGCCGCUCCCCCUCCAAUAAGCCAGCAGCGCCUUCUCUGCGGCGGGGCGCUGCUCCUAGCCUGCGCCCUUCUUGCCUGGCGCGAGGGGCAAACCAUAGACAAGGCUGCCAUGGCCGACCCGGAGAUCGACGUCGUCGCGCUGACGAAGACGUACUUCGAGGUCUGGAACUCGCACGACGAGGCGGCCCUGCGGGGCUUGCACGCGGACGCGAGCAGUCUGCACGACUGGGACGCGACGCUCAGUCCCACGAACGCGGCGGUCGCCGCGGGCGUCGCGAAGAUCUGGAAGGCGGAGCCCACGAUCAAGUGCGAGAUCAUUGACCUCUACACGUGCGGCCCGGACCUGACGGUCGUGGCGAACAUCAACGUCGUGGUCAACGCCGACUUGACGCUCACUGUCUGCGACGUCAUCGAAUUUGACGCUUCCGGGCGGGUCACGAGCCUGAACGCGUUCCUCAAGAAGGACUGAGCCAGCCUCCGCGCGCCGACGCGUGCGGACCGCUCGAGAGGGGCAUCUAGACUACUUGUAGUAGACGGUCAAAUAAGGGCCUAGUAUAGAGGUCUAGUGUAGAGGUAUCUACUAACAAUCCACCCC